AUGGCAGUCCUGACUCGCAUCUUCUCCCGGCCAGUCAACAAACCCUACCGGACGAGGGAUCUCGACCUUGCAGAACCGCCCUUCCUCGACGGACAGGGUCUCCUCGCCUUCAAGCCUCAUGAUAUUGAGAAUCCCCAAAACUGGUCGACGGCGCGGCGAGUCACCGUCACGAUAUGCGCCGUCAUGCUCGUCAUGAACGCUACGUUUGCCUCUAGCGCCCCCAGCGGAUGUAUUCCCUCCAUCGCCGAGGAUUUUGGCAUAUCAAUAGAGGCGGCCUCCCUCACAAUAACCCUCUUCCUCCUCGGAUACUGUGCCGGACCGCUGCUCUUCGCGCCGUUGAGCGAGCUGUACGGUCGACGAUGGGUUUUCUACAUCACUUUCACCAUGUACAUCGCCUUCAACUUCCUCUGCGCAUUCGCUCCCAACUUUGGCAGUUUACUAGCUGGCCGAUUCCUCACGGGCACCCUUGUCUCGGCGCCGUUGAGCAACGCACCCGGCGUGCUGGCCGAUAUCUGGAGACCUCUCGAGCGAGCAAAUGCCAUGGCCCUCUUCUCUACCAUGGUAUGGAUCGGACCUGCGCUCGGCCCUGUCGUCGCAGGCUUUCUGGAGCUAAAAAAAGACUGGCACUGGGCGUUUUACGUGCUCAUCUGGCUGGGAGCGGGAACGUGGCUCAUCAUGCUGACCAUUCCGGAGACUCACGCACCCACCAUUCUUCUUCACAAGGCAAAGCGAAUCCGCAAGGCCCGGAUUCCCGGGUACGAAGAGGUCAAGGCCCCGGCCGAGAUGCAGGACCGAUCCAUCAGGAGCGUCUUUGGCGUCGCGCUUACGAGGCCCUGGAUCAUUCUCUUUGACCCCAUCUCGUUGCUGUGCGCAAUCUAUCUCGCCGUGGUCUACACGCUUCUUUACAUGCUGUUCAGCAUCUACCCGAUUGUCUUCCAGGAGAGGCGUGGAUGGAACUCUGGCGUCGGAGAACUACCACUCAUUGGCACAGUUGUCGGCGCCGUCCUGGGCGGCAGCAUCGUCCUCCUCGACACCAGACGACGCUCCAACAAGACCAAAAAAGGCGAGGCCAAGGCGGAAGACAUGGAGCCCGAGGACCGCCUCCCUCUGGCCAUGGUGGGCGGUGUUGGUUUCGCAGCAGCCAUGUUCUGGUUCGCAUGGACAGCUGAGUUCAACUCCGUGCACUGGAUCGUGCCGACCAUUGCCGGAAGCCUCCUGAGUACCUUUAUGCUGCUCAUCUUCGUCGCCUACUUGAACUACCUCGUCGACGUGUACCUCGUGUACGCCGCGUCCGCCAUUGCCGCCAACACGAUUGCCAGAUCGGCCUGCGGAGCCGCCGCGCCCCUUUUUACGCGCCAGAUGUUCCAUGCGCUUGGCGUCGGUGGCGGCGGCAGUCUGGUGGCCGGGGUCGCUACUCUUCUUGCCGUUGUUCCAUUCAUCUUCUACAAGUAUGGCAGGCCGAUUCGCCUUCGAAGCAAAUUCGCGCCCACCAAUGCCAAGGAAGAGAAUCGCGUGACGGAUGAAGAGGCUAGUCCCGGGGACUUUGCUCUCCAGAGCCCCUCGGACGUCAACAGCUCUACGGAUGUGGGGGGGUCAACCCAGGCGUUGUCGGCCAGGAGUGAGAAGACGGAAGAGCGAGACCUGUCUGGUGGAGACGGGAUUUCGGCUUCGGAUGAGCGAAAAGAGUCGGGCACAAAGCGACUGGCCCAUGAAUCAUGA